CGUUGGACUCCGGUCUGCCUCUCAAAUCUCACCGCCUGCUCUUCUUCGGUCCCGGCUCGGGCUCCUCCAUAUGAGCGCGCGCUAGGUUCUCUCUCGUCGUCUCUCGUGGCGGCUGGCGACGACUGGGGACCGCCGGUAGGCGCCCAGGCCUUCGUCGCGCUGGUCUUUCUAGGGCCCUUCGCCGGCGACGAUCACCCUCCGCGACCAGCAUUGUCUAGAUCCCCACCGUCGCUGGCCUUCUUCGAGGCCCAGAUCCCCAUUGUAGGCCCCUUGCUUCUUCUCCUCAACCGGAGCUUCCAAAACUCCCUUGCAGAGCUUGUAGAGGUUAUGGAAGGUAUGGGUGUGCCUUCACCACCGACAGUUGGGACUCCGUCGGCCUCGCCCUGCCGCAUUACGUCCCCCGUUGAUGAUACCAAUGCGUCGCUUGGCCAAGAACCAGAGUGCGCAUUGACAUAUAUCAGACAGGACGAUCCUGACACAUUCAUUAUCUCGGGAAAUUUUCAUCCAAGGCAUCAAAUCGAUUGGGAUUCAAUUGAAGUAGAAGAAAGGUGGAAUGAGGAAGGAAGACAGGAUGUUACUAGUGAACGAGGAUUGUAUAUUCAACUCGGUUUGCAUAAUGAAGAUGAGAGGGUAUUUAAGCAAAGGGAAGAUGAUUCAAGUGCUCAUUGUGCUGGAAAUAAUAGGGAAGAAUUUCACGAUGAAGCUUCAACUGCCAUGCCUUGUUCUGAUUUUGUAUUAGAUGGGACAAGGACUAUCUAUGAUAUGAACAAUCCUGUAAUGGAGCCUGGUAGCUUGUACGCAUCAAUGGAGCAGUUUAGACUUGCAAUUAGACAGUACGCCAUAAAUAAAGAAUUUGAGUUGGGCAUUGAGGCUACCAACAAGACUAGAUUCAGAGGGUACUGUAAAGGGCCUGAUUGUCCUUGGAGCAUUCAUGCGAGGUCUGAGAUGAAAGGAUCACCCACUAUUCAAGUUAUUGUCUUAAACGAUGAGCACACAUGUACAUCGAGCGGGAGACGCAAGACAACGACACCAACAGGUGCUUGGGUUGCGGCAAGGGCUCUUCCACUACUUAUGAAAAAACCACAUAUGGGUGCUAAGGAGUUACAAAGUAUGUUGCAAGAUACAUUUGGAUGCACUAUUACAUAUGAUACAAUUUGGCAUGGGAAAGAGAAAGCUCUGAAGCAAUUGUUUGGGAGUUGGGAAGAGAGUUUCCAACUUCUAUGGUCUUGGAGAGAAGCAGUUAUACAGAAGUCACCGGAUAGUAUUAUCGAGUUGGAUGUUAAAAUGGAUGAGGGCCGGCCAUUUUUUAGCAGAUUUUUUUGUGCACUUGGUCCUUGCAUUACUGGUUUCAAAGAGGGAUGUAGACCUUAUCUUAGUGUUGACUCAACUGCUCUUAAUGGAAGAUGGAAUGGUCACCUGUGUUGUGCCAUAGGGGUUGAUGGACAGAAUUGGAUGUACCCUGUUGCUUAUGGAUUCUUUGAGGCAGAAACAACAGAAAACUGGACAUGGUUCUUUCAGCAGUUGCGCAAGGCUGUGGGAGAUCUUCCUCUACUAGCAUUGUGUUCAGAUGCUUGCAAAGGUCUAAAAAAUGCCAUGAACACUGUUUUCCCUCAAGCUGAAAAAAGGGAGUGUUUCAGACACCUAAUGCAGAACUACGUGAAGCAAUUUGUUGGAUCCGAGUACAUGUAUCCUGCAGCUAGAGCAUAUAGGAGGGAGGUGUUCGACCAUUACUUUUCCAAUGUCCAAGAAAUUCCCAAGGUGUCUAGUUGGUUAUAUGAGCAUCAUGAUAGUUUGUGGUAUCGUAGUGGGUUUAAUCCAGCCAUCAAGUGCGACUAUGUUACCAACAACAUAGCAGAAGUGUUCAACAAUUGGAUUAAGGAUUGGAAAGAUCUGCCUGUCUGUGACUUGGCUGACAAGAUAAGGAAGGAAAUCAUGGAGUUGUUUCAUAGGAGGAGGGAAAUAGGACAGAGGUUGCAAGGUCGAAUACUACCCUCCGUGGUCCAUAUCCUCCAUGUAAGGACUAGAGGUUUAGGUCACUUAACAGUUAAGAAAGCUGACAAUUACAUUGCGGAGGUGAGGGAUAAUAAUAAUGUGCACUCUAAGCACAUUGUGAAUGCUCAAUUGAGACAAUGUUCAUGCAACGAGUGGCAGCAUACGGGGAAGCCAUGUCACCAUGCCCUUCGCUUAAUAACAACACAACAAUUUAGAGAUGUUCGGAUGGAAGAUUUUGUGGAUGACUACUACUCAGUUGAUAAGUUCAUGAAGGCUUACUCGAGGGUAGUGGAGCCAAUUGGUGACAAAUCUUUCUGGCCUACAGUGCCAUUUGCAAAAGAGGUGUGUGCUUCUAUUGGGAAGCGUGGAGUUGGCCGUCAAAGGAAAAACAUGAUUAAAGGGUGCCUAGAGGGAGGAAGUGGUAAGAAGCCAAACGAAAAUGAAAAUGUCAAAACUAAGAAGAUGAUUCGUGGGAAGUUCAAGUGUCCAAACUGUGGUGAAUUGGGACACAGGAAAGCCAGCUACAAAUGUCCUUUGAAUGGAACAAAAAAACGGAAAAGGAGAGCAAGGAAAAAUGUUACUAAAGGUUGGUUCCCAAAAGAUGUUGAGGCAUGAUGAUGGUGCAUGCACUAGCCACACAACCACCCCCAUGUGAUGAUUGUGAUGCCAGUAUUGCGAAAAUCUCUCCACUUUCAUCUCCCAGACCUAUCUAGAGGCUAGUGCUGGACCAGUGUACCCUAGGAGCUGGGUGCCAGGUGCGGUGGCGGGCGGGGCCUAGCAAAGCAUGACGCUGUAGGAGGGAUCCAGUCAUCCGAUACGUCAGCACUCCGGCACAGCAGUAGGCAUCUCGGAAGCUGGCAGGGCCACAGGGCACCACGCCCAAGGCUUAGCCGCGCAGGCACUGAGCAGCCAAGUAGUCAGGCAGUCAGUGAGCAGCAGCAGACGGCAGCAAGGCUGGAAGCGCGAAGUACCUAUAUAGGCAUAUAAGUUUAGUUCGACCGGGAGUUUACUUCUCUGUUAUCUGUGACUUGCCCGACCCCGACUUGAUGUGCAUUGUAGAUUAUCAGAAAUUGAUUAAUGAUUUAAUCACAGAUUUUAAUCAACUCAACACGUCGAGAAGAAUAUUUUUGUGCUCAUAGUUUUUUAGUUCAAGCAAUGUUAAUACUAGUGGUACUUCCCUGAGUUCAUAUCAAUGCUUAGUCUUGGGCUCCUCAGAAAUGCAAAUUCUUUCUUUGGCUUGCAAUUAGAAACAAGUGUUGGACUGCUGAUAAUCUGGAGAAGAGGGGUUGCAGCACCCAAGCAGCUGCCCUUUGUGUGACCAAGAAAGGGAAACGAUACAACACAUCAUCACUACCUGUGUUUUUGCCCGGCAAUUCUGGUUUCUUAUCUUUGACACUCGGGAUGAGUCACCUCGCUCUUAGGGCUGAUGAGCGGUCGUUUGAGGACUGGUGGAGGAAGGCCAGCAACAGUACAAGGAUAAGAGAAAAGGGAUCAACUGUGUCAUUAUUUUGGGGGCUUGGUGCCUCUGGCUGCAUAGAAAUAGAACGUUUUUUAUGGGAAUCAUCCAUUCAGAGGGUGCAGCAACAUUUCAGUGACGAGUUCUCCUGUUGGCUCUUGGUGCGCGCCAGGAGUUUGGGUCAGCUUGGUCUCCCUAGUUCCAUGAGUAAUAUCGGAUCUAAUCCUUUUACUCCUCUAUAACCUUUUUGCUUUUCUUUUGUUUCUUUUUUCUGUUUUAGCUAUGGAUGUAAGUCAUGUUUUCUCUCUCUCUAAUAUAAAGAUGUGCAGCUCUCCUGCGCGUUCUAGAAAAAAUGAAUGUAAAAUUUGAUCUUCAAUUGUUUAUUGGCCCAUUAUAAAAUUGUACAAAGCUUCUCCAAAUAUGCCAAUUGAUCCAUUACAAUUGUUUCAUAACUACUGUUUAUGGAUUUUGGGACUGCAGAACUGAUGGAUUCUAACAGAUGUAACAGACCUACAGUAGGGAUGCUAGGCCAAGGAGUUAAAAUAUAUCCACAUGUUAGAAUAUUUCGUAACUGUAGUAACUUCAACAUUAUAUAGAUUAAUCAUGAACUUUUAGUUGUAUUAAACAAAUAAGCUCUGUAUGUUCAUUGUUGUAGAACUAAGUUUAUUGUGAAUUUGUGAACACAUAUAUUUGUUCAUGAAACUGCAUUGGAUUUGGACUAACAAAGUUUGUGUAUGUGAUAUGUUUUUAGUCUGGAUCUGCCCUUGGUCAAGAUUCAAAUAUGGCUUCUGCAGGGUUGGCUCGGGUGGGUGAGUGGUGCGACUCGUCCUCUCAUGAGGCUCGUCACCUUGAGCAACAUGCCGAUCCUGCAGCAGCUGCACCUGGAGGAGCAGCUCCUGCGCCGCACAUCGGACAACUGGUGUGUCAUCAACGAUGGCAUGGCCCCUGCUACCAUUCUCAUGGGACUGCAGGAGAGUCUCGGAGCUUGUCGACAUACAGCCGGUCCUCUGGGACCAAGUGCCGAUUGUGAGGAGGUUCAGUGGAGGUGGCACGUCAUUGUUGAUUGGGGAACGGUGGUUGUGACUUUCAUUUGCAACAAGAAUGCCGUUGCCGGGCUGCAGAUUUAUGGCAAAAAAUUUGACAGAUUUGGUGAAUUUCAUCUGCGUGAGAAUGACUAUGCAUUUAGUCACUCGAAAGUUUGGCGGAAAUGCUCAAUCAAUAACAAAAAAUCGUUGGGUUCAUCACACGUCGUUCUUGUGGGAUUAUGAUGUAAAAAAUAUGGAUUAUCUCAAAAUCCCAAAGCGUGCACCUGAAUAUCGACUGGCAAGAAACCACAGAUUUCUUGUGCCGCAUGAAGGAGUACAUACCUUCGCGGUCAGUUUUCACCGAUGAGGUCACUGCGGCCCUGGGAGAACACUUCUCAGUUCAGCCCGUGGAUCUACAAGCAGUUCUUUCCGGUGAUGAAGGAUCCGUGCCUUCUACAAAGCUGCUGUCACAACAGGACCUAGAAAGAAAUUGUUUCGUCCAAAGAAUCCCUUAACAAUAUAGAAAGUUGAAGCGUGACCAUGCUUGUCGUUUUUGUUGUGAAAUAUGAGCAGUUUUGUCGAGCUGUGAAUUCAUUCAAACAUUAUGGUCAACCCAGUACGUACAUACGAAUGCCCACCACCAUCUUUAGUAACAAAUGGUUAUGUUUUGGAUUGUAGGUCUACCGUUCCAAGCUUGGGUUACACGUUAUUUGCCUAUGGGCUCUAGACCGAGUGCUAAAACUAUGAGAGACUGGCUCCAACAUACUCUGUAAAUGGUUAUGUACUCUAAAUUAUAAAGAAAUUUUUUGUCUUCUUAUUUCA